CAGGCGUACUGCGAACGCCGGCUGAGCUGGGUCUCGCUGUGCUGGGUGCGCGGCGGUGUCGGCGGGCGAGGCCUGGUGAGCACCGCCGAGGCGCGAGCUGGGUCUUCGAGGUUGUGUGCGGGAGAGGCACGGCAGGCGAGCGAGCGAGCCAGAGGCUCACCCCAGCAGUGGCACCGGGAUCGGCUGCCUUGAGCUUGAAGUCAUGACUACCCCAGGGAAAGAGAACUUUCGCCUGAAAAGUUACAAAAAUAAGUCCCUGAAUCCUGAUGAGAUGCGCAGAAGGAGGGAGGAAGAAGGACUGCAGUUACGUAAGCAGAAAAGAGAAGAGCAGUUAUUCAAGCGAAGAAAUGUUGCUACAGCAGAAGAAGAAACAGAAGAAGAAGUUAUGUCAGAUGGAGGCUUCCAUGAGGCUCAGAUUAAUAACAUGGAGAUGGCACCAGGUGGUGUUAUUACUUCUGACAUGAUUGAAAUGAUAUUUUCCAAUAGCCCAGAGCAACAGCUUUCAGCAACGCAGAAAUUCAGAAAACUGCUUUCAAAAGAACCUAAUCCUCCUAUUGAUGAAGUCAUCAGCGCACCAGGAGUAGUGGCCAGGUUUGUGGAGUUCCUCAAACGAAAAGAGAAUUGUACAUUGCAGUUUGAGUCAGCUUGGGUACUGACAAAUAUUGCUUCAGGAAAUUCUCUUCAGACCCGGAUUGUGAUUCAGGCAGGAGCUGUGCCUAUCUUCAUAGAGUUGCUCAGCUCAGAGUUUGAAGAUGUCCAGGAGCAGGCAGUCUGGGCUCUUGGCAACAUUGCUGGAGAUAGUACCAUGUGCAGGGACUAUGUUUUAGACUGCAAUAUUCUUCCGCCUCUGCUGCAGUUAUUUUCAAAGCAAAAUCGCCUGACCAUGACCCGGAAUGCAGUAUGGGCUUUGUCUAAUCUCUGUAGAGGGAAAAGUCCCCCUCCAGAAUUUGCAAAGGUUUCCCCCUGUCUGAAUGUGCUUUCCUGGUUGCUGUUUGUCAGUGACACUGAUGUACUGGCUGAUGCCUGCUGGGCCCUCUCAUAUCUAUCAGAUGGACCCAAUGAUAAAAUUCAAGCAGUCAUUGAUGCAGGAGUAUGUAGGAGACUUGUGGAGCUGCUGAUGCAUAAUGAUUAUAAAGUGGUUUCUCCUGCUUUGCGAGCUGUGGGAAACAUUGUCACAGGCGAUGAUAUUCAGACACAGGUAAUUUUGAAUUGCUCAGCUCUGCAGAGUUUAUUGCAUUUGCUGAGUAGCCCAAAGGAGUCUAUCAAAAAGGAAGCAUGUUGGACAAUAUCUAACAUCACAGCUGGAAAUAGGGCACAGAUCCAGACUGUGAUAGAUGCCAACAUUUUCCCAGCCCUCAUUAGUAUAUUACAAACUGCUGAGUUUCGGACAAGGAAAGAAGCAGCUUGGGCCAUCACAAAUGCAACUUCUGGAGGAUCAGCUGAACAGAUCAAGUACCUCGUAGAACUGGGCUGUAUCAAGCCACUCUGUGAUCUCCUCACAGUCAUGGACUCUAAGAUUGUACAGGUUGCCCUAAAUGGCUUGGAAAAUAUCCUGAGGCUUGGAGAACAAGAAGCCAAAAGGAAUGGCACUGGCAUUAAUCCUUACUGUGCUUUGAUUGAAGAAGCUUAUGGUCUGGAUAAAAUUGAAUUCUUACAGAGUCAUGAAAACCAAGAGAUCUACCAGAAGGCCUUUGACCUUAUUGAGCAUUACUUUGGGACUGAGGAUGAAGACAGCAGCAUUGCACCCCAGGUUGACCUUAGCCAGCAGCAGUACAUCUUCCAGCAGUGUGAGGCGCCUAUGGAAGGUUUCCAGCUUUGAAGCAAUACUCUGCUUUCAUGUCCCCGUGUCAGACCAGGCUACCCAGUCAAGUCCUCUUGUGGAGCCCACAGUCCUCAUGGAGCUAACUUCUCAAAUGUUUUCCAUAAUACUGUUUGCGCUCAUUUGCUUGCCUUGCGCACCUGCUCUCUUACACACAUCUGGAAAACCUCUGGCUCUCUGUGGUGGAAUACCCUUCUAAUAAAAGGGUAACCAGAACGGCCCACUCUCUUAUGGAAAACCCUAGGCUUUGGAGAUCCGCACUUAUAUAUUAUAGAGUCAUGGGAAUAUACACAUAAUAAUGUGGCUCCCUUUUUUUUUUGUGGGGGAAAAAAGAGGACUCCUCAUUCCCUUUAAUGUGGGAAAAAAUACUGACAUUAAAAGAUGAGACUAAACCUUUAUCUUGAAUUUCACACAACUACUUGCAACAAGGGAGAUGUUUAGACCUGUUGUGUACUUCAGAGUACUUUUCAUGAGUUCUUCCACAGUGAACCCUUGGAUUACCUGGUGGCUUUUUCUAGCCAAAUUUGCAUUAAUCCUUACUGAGAUUGGAUGGUUUUCUUUCCUCUGUUGGCGCCAUUCUCCACAGAUAUUCAACCAUCCGCUCCCUCACCUUCAGCCUUCAGUGAAUGUGCUUUCUAGUUGUCAGGAAUGCUGAAGAAUUAACACUUUGACUCUUAAAUGUGAUACUGGUUUGAAGAUUCCCUUAGAGCAAAAAGGAGAGGGGCACAUAUUAAUUUGUAUGGCUAUUGCUUCUCUUUGGUCUUAUGUGUCUUAGGAUUUGGAAGUGGUUCAAUUCUAAUGCUGGUAUGAAGAUUUAGAAUCCUUAGUGAUCGAAACCGUAUCCUGUAAUUCAAUAAACAAGUUAAAAACAAAUAGAAAAAAAAAAGCCCUCUGAUUUUCCCAAACUUAACCAGUGUGACUAGAGGCUGUGUUUCUGCAUUAAAACAAAUGUUUCAGGCUUUGUGGUCCUGAUCAAGGUCCUCAUUAAAUUGGAGUUCACCCUAGGUGCUUUUCCUCUCUGUGACUGGCAAGUAACACAUGCUUUUAAAGGUUACUUAGGGAAUUCUUUUUUUUCCCCUUAGUUGGGUGCAGCUGGAUUCUAAUGUAUUCAUGCUGCACAUAAGUAGCAUCCUUAUCUUAAAUAACCAUCUUCUGGACAUGACCUGUUUAACCCAAAUAAGGGCAGUGAUCUUCUUCUUAUAACCUCAUUGUUCCCUAAUCAUUUCAUUUCAUCUCCUACUAGUACUACCCAGUCAAGUCCCCUCCAUAAAAUAAAAACAGUUCUACCUUCUGGCUCAUUUAAUGAUGACUGCAAUCUCUACCUGCAAAUGGCGCUUCCAGUACUGUCUUCAGUGAUCCACAUUUGUGCCCAGACUGGAAUGAAAAAAUAAGCUUAAUUGCCAAGAGAACUGCAACUGAGUUCAAUACGACUUCUUGGUGCUAGUUGGCCAUCUUGACUCAAUGUUGGGAUAUACUAUCAGAGAAGAUUUUUUGUUGAUGUGCUGUUCAAAAUGAAUUCUGAAGGAAAAGUUGCUCACUUUUUCAGAGAAUAUCCUUUUAUUAAACCUCUUUAAUUUUG